ACCAAACAAUCAAGGCCAGACGUGUGUGUGUACAUUUCUUCUGACUUCACCAUUUCCUCUCUGCUGCUACUCCAGCUAAGGUCUCUCAUUAAGCUGCUCGUAUGAGAGCAAGAUGAGGCCGUGUGAGACGUUUCCAUGGACCUAUUUCACAGCUUUGGUUUAUUUUAGUCAAUCGGCAGAAUCCUGGCCUCAGGUUCGGCUGACAGCAGAUCCUCCAGGGUCAGACGUGUUCCUAGGAGAGAAAGUUACUCUCACCUGCCAGGUCACUGGGUCUGAGGGAUGGAAAUAUAUCUGGACCAGAGAGACAAAUGGAGCCACCUCUCAGCUUCUGGGCAGCAGUGGGCAAGAUGGUGAAACGUACAUCCUGCAACCUGUGAGAAAGUCUGACCGAGGACUUUAUCAGUGUAGGGCACAUAGAGGAAGUGAACUUUCUGAUAGCAACUUUCACAAUCUGCAAGUCCAUGAUGGAGCACAGCCUGUCAUACGUCAGAAUCCUCCAGGACCUGAGUGGUUCAGUGGAGAAACUGUGACCCUUGAAUGUGAUAUAAGAGGAGGAUCUGGAUGGAGAUAUUCAUGGGCCAGAAGAACCACACAGACACGACUGCAGAGUCUGACUCCCCAAAGUAAGAAAGCACAGAAGAACUACAUUGUCCAGUCUGCUAAAGUAUCUGACAGUGGAGAAUAUAUAUGUCAGGCAGUAAGAGGAAGUGACCCAGUAAUUCAGUCUCUACCUGCAUCUCUGUAUCUCAGUGUAUCAGGAGAGAAACCAGAAGCUGUUAUAACCUGGACAUCCCAUGAGGGAGAGACCUACACAGGAGAGAGGAUCAGUCUGAGCUGUAGGGUCAGGGGAGCCUCUUCUGGCUGGAAGUAUCUCUGGUACAAAGACAGACAGGGAACAGAACUGUCCAACCCUGACAACAGCAGCACUGAUGGGUCCAGUUACACCAUCAUCUCUGCUGCUCUGUCCCACAGUGGACAGUACUGGUGUCGGGCUCAGAGAGGGAGCUUUUACUCUCAGUACAGUGACCCUCUGCAGGUGGACAUUUAUGAUCUACCCCAAACCCUGCUGACACUGCAAUCUGGAUGGACAGACUUGUUUCCCACUGAAAAAGUAACUUUGAGGUGUGAACUUCCGGGUGACUCUACACAGUGGGAGUAUAAAUGGUACAGAGAUGGACAGGAGCUUCCUGCAGAUGAGAGUGACUCCAUCAGCGUGAAUGAAGAUACUUACAUAAUCCUGUCUGCUAAUCUGUCUCAUGCUGGGAGUUAUCAGUGUUCAGGGAGACCCACAAGGGCUGCAGGCUUCCCUCCUAUCAGUAACUCCAUUCUGCUCUCUCUCUACACCACUGUUCCAGAGUUGCUAAUUUCCCAACACAAUUUCAGCGGAGACAUUUACACAGGGGACAGAGUCACCUUAAGCUGUGCGGUUGAAGGAGGUUCUGUUGGCUGGAAGUAUCUCUGGUACAAAGACAGACAGGGAACAGAACUGUCCAACCCUGACAACAGCAGCACUGAUGGCUCCAGUUACACCAUCAUCUCUGCUGCUCUGUCCCACAGUGGACAGUACUGGUGUUGGGCUCAGAGAGGGAGCUUUUACUCUCAGUACAGUGACCCUCUGCAGCUCGACAUUCAUGAUCUACCCCAAGCCCUGCUGAUGCUGCAGCCUGGAUGGACAGACUUGUUUCUCACUGAAAGAGUAACUUUGAGGUGUGAACUUCCGGGUGACUCUACACAGUGGGAGUAUAAAUGGUACAGAGAUGGACAGGAGCUUCCUGCAGAUGAGAGUGACUCCAUCAGCGUGAAUGAAGAUACUUACAUAAUCCUGUCUGCUAAUCUGUCUCAUGCUGGGCGUUAUCAGUGUUCAGGGAGACCCACAAGGGCUGCAGGCUUCCCUCCUAUCAGUAACUCCAUUCUGCUCUCUCUUUACACCACUGUUCCAGAGUCAGUAAUUUCCCACCACAAUUUCAGCGGAGACAUUUACCCAGGGGACAGAAUCACCUUGAGCUGUACGGUUGAAGGAGGUUCUGUUGGCUGGAAGUACCUCUGGUACAAAGACAGACAGGGAACAGAACUGUUCAACCCUGACAACAGCAGCACUGAUGGCUCCAGUUACACCAUCAUCUCUGCUGCUCUGUCCCACAGUGGACAGUACUGGUGUCGGGCUCAGAGAGGGAGCUUUUACUCUCAGUACAGUGACCCUCUGCAGCUCGACAUUCAUGUUCGUCCACAGGCUGUUCUGAGUCUGGAUACUGGAUUUCUGCAGACCUUGACCAAAGACAGUCUGAUGCUGAAGUGUGAGGUUGAGGGAAGCUCUGUUGGAUGGAGCUACACGUGGUAUGCAGAUGGAUCUCAGCUUCCUGAAGACCAGGAUGGACAGAACUUCACUGUGAGAUCUGGGAAUGGCUCCUAUCACAGGGAAUACAGAUGUAGAGGGAACAGAACUGAAGAACCAUUUUACUCCACAAUCAGCAAUGGCUUGGUGCCCAACAACAUUAGAUUGCAGUAUAUUUUCACAGUGUCUGGCUCCCUGAUUGUCAUCGUAAGCCUGGUGUUGAUCACGCUUUGUGUGAAAUGUUGCAGGAAGUCAGGCCAAAGGAACAAAGAGGAGAAAAGAUUUUACUGUGAGGCUAGAUCAGAAGAUAUUUGUGCAGGAGACGCAGACCAACCUCCUGCCAUUUAUGGAAACAUUGACUGAACAUCAGCAGGUCAAUUCUGUAGAACAUGUGUUUAUUCUGCUGCAUGGUUAAUGCCUUUAGAAUGAGCUGGUAUCGCUAUUGAUGACAUUUUAUCAGUUUUUGUCAUAGAAUAUGAGUUUUAUGUUUUUUCUUAAGCGAUCAUUUAUUUUAUAUCUCAGCUACAGACCUGUUAAAUCACUGUAUUUAUAUUAUGUUUACAUUUUAUUAACACCUGCAUGGAUGGAAAAUGUGAGCAGAUCUUUGCCUGUUCUUUUUGCCUCUUG